AGUGAUUAAGUUUUCCUUUCUCAGAAAUAAAAAAAUUCACUAACAGCAUUAAUGACGAGAGCAGCAAAUUAAAUGCUAGAGUGUGUUUCUGCCCAUGGACGCCACCGAGUAAGCAUCGUUGACGUCUCCCCGCCCCCUCCACUGCCGUCAUGUCUAAGUCAGAGUCACCCAAAGAGCCCGAACAGCUGCGGAAGCUCUUCAUUGGAGGUUUGAGCUUUGAAACAACCAAUGCGAGUCUGAGGAGCCAUUGUGAGCAGCGGGGAGCGCUCACAGACUGUGUGGUAACGAGGGAUCCAAACACCAGGUGCUCCAGAGGCUUCGGGUUUGUCACAUAUGCCACUGUGGAGGAGGUGGAUGCUGCCAUGAAUGUAAGGCCACACAAGGUGGAUGGAAGAGUGGUGGAACCAAAGAGGGCCGUCUCAAGAGAAGAUGCUCAAAGACCUGGUACCCACUUAACUGUGAAAAACAUUUUUGUUGGUGGCAUUCAGAACUAUCACACAGUGAACGGCCACAACUGUGAAGUAAGGAAAGCCCUAUCUAAGCGAGAGAUGGCUGGUGCUUCAUCCAGCCAAAGAGGUCGAAGUGGUUCUGGAAAUUCUGGUGGUGGUCGUGGAGGGGGUUUUGGUGGGAAUGGCAACUUUGGUCGUGGAGGAAACUUCAGUGGUCGAGGUGGCUUUGGUGGCAGCCGCGGUGGUGGGGGAUAUGGUGGCAGUGGGGAUGGCUGUAAUGGAUUUGGUAAUGAUGGAAGCAGUUUUGGAGGCAGUGGAAGCUACAAUGAUUUUGGCAGUUGCAACAAUCAAUCUUCAAAUUUUGGACCCAUGAAAGGAGGCAACUUUGGAGGCAGUAGUUCUGGCCCCUAUGGUGGUGGAGGCCAAUACUUUGCCAAACCCCGAAACCAAGGUGGUUCCAGCAGCAGCAGUAGCUACGGCAGUGGCAGAAGGUUUUGAUUACUGCCAGGAAACAAAGCUUAGCGGGAGAGGAGAGCCAGAGAAGUGACAGGGAAGCUACAGGUUACAACAGAUUUGUGAACUCCGCCAAGCACAGUGGUGGCAGGGCCUAGCUGCUACAAA